UAGAUCGACGCCCCUUCCUUCUCCAUCCAACCACACCGCAUCUCCUCCAACUCCUCUCUUUGGGUGAGAAGAGGAGACCUUCUUCUCAUUUUGUAGCUUUUCCUUCCCCAUCUCCCACACAUUCCCUUCCCCAAUCCACACCCAUGCCCUAUCCUCUUCCUCGGCGUACCAUCCUCAGCGAGGACGGCUCCGAUUCGUCGCCACCGCCGCGAAGAAGAAGUAGAACCCUUGGCUCGCCCCCUUCUACUGCGGAGAGGACCCCGACAUCGAGUACGAAUCCCUCUUCGCCGACAGAAAGCAGGAGGAGGACCCUCGCCCUCCUGACAACCCCUCCAACCCCUACGGCUUCCUCAAGUUUCCCAUGGGAUUCAACGUCGAGCUCACCUCGCUCGCCUCCAAGGUCCACGGCGAUGUGCGCCUCUGCUGCUGCGUCAUCUUCGGCGGAGUCUACGAGAACCUCCUCUUCUUCCCCAUGAUCCAGCUCAUCAAGGAUAGGUACCCUGGCGUGCAGAUCGAUGUCGUUGCCUUGCCCAGGGGGAAGCAAGUGUACGAGGUGAACAAGAAUGUGAGGUGGGCGAAUGUGUAUGACCCCGACGAAGAUUUCCCGGAGCCGGCGGAGUACGUCAACAUGAUCGGUCUGUUAAAGGUACAAAUGAAAGGGGGAAAAACACAUGAUCCUUGAAAUGGAAUGACAGCAGAAAUCUCACUAGCUUUUUACGAAUUUGUUGACAGAAUUGAUACUAUGAUUUGAUCUUGUCAACCAAGCUUGCUAGACUUGGCCAUGCGGCAUUCUUGUUCAUGGCAUCUGCUCGGGACAAAGUAAGCUACGUGUACCCUAAUGUCAAUGCAGCAGGCGCAGGCAUGCUGCUCAUAGAGACCUUCACUUCUCCAACCAUGAACCUCUCCGAACGUGGAUACCACAUGUACGAUGAAAUGGAGGAAUGGUUAGGAAUGAUUGUUCUUUUGUUGUUGCAUGUUACAUGCUUAGUGAUGUAUCUUCUGUGUUGUCAAAAGUUUUUUUGUUUGCUAGAGCUUAUUCAACUUAGCAUCCUUGUUUCUCCAUUUCCCUUCUCCCUUAUUCUGAUCUCUCUAAUGCUUCCAUUCACAUUUCAUCUAUUCGGCCGUCCACAGUGGCUCACUGUCAAGUCACGUUCACAGUGCUACGUCGACAAGAUAAGAGAAGAAUUGUAG